AAUUCGUCGUCAUCUAUUUCAAUAUAAAAUAUCUAAAUUGCUGUGUGAAAUUGCAGAAAGUCGCUGCGAGUCUUUUUAUUCGAAGAAAACGAAUUUUAGCGUACUCUGCUAUUGUCUGGUUAAGAAAUGCAGAUCAAUUUGAUUCUGUUGAUUGGCUGUGCAACUUCAUGUGGAUGUUCAACGUAAACAAGAAAUAGUGAAAAGUAAAAAAAAAAAUAAUCACACUUUUGAAAACUUUUAUUUACAUCAGCAAACAUGGAUCAAGCAACUGGUUCCGGUAUCGCACUCGAGUUUGAAUUAAUGAAACAGCAAAAGUAUCGCGGAUAUAUUUCAAACAUAGAUAAGGCCCUGAAAAAUUUCGAGUAUUCCAGUGAGUGGGCUGACCUCAUUUCAGCAUUAGGAAAAUUAAACAAAGUAAUUUCAUCAUAUCCACAAUACGAUAUAAUACCGCGCAGAAUAAAAAUAAGCAAGCGGUUGGCACAAUGCAUGCAUCCAAAUUUACCAUCGGGCGUGCAUUUAAAAGCUCUAGAGACGUAUGACAUCAUCUUUCACAAUGCUGGCGUCGAAAGACUUGCUAGCGAGUUAUUCAUCUACAGUGCCGGUCUCUUCCCCUUGUUUGGCUAUGCAGCGAUGAAUGUUCGUCCCACUUUAUUGGGUAUCUAUGAAAAAUACUUCGUUCCACUAGGCGAGAGACUAAGACCGGCGCUAAGUGGAUUUCUUAGUGGUGUUUUGCCAGGCUUAGAAGUCGGCAUGGACCAUUAUAAGCGGACAAAUAUGCUGUUGGAGCAAGUUUGUGCGGCCGUAUCACCAACUUACUAUUACACUUGCAUCUGGGAAAUUGUCACGACAAAUUCCAGCAUUCGACUGCCCGCCAUAAGCUAUGUGUUGGAUCACUUUAGUCGCAAGUUAACAAUGGAAGACCAACGUUAUUUGCUGGGAGAGAAUAUUGAUUUGACAGUGUCUGCAUUGUGUGCAUGUUUAAACGAUGCUGUAAUCUUGGUGCAAAGAAAUACGUUGGAAUUUCUUUUAAUUGGCUUCCCGAUGCAUGCCAGCUUGCUAAGUAUUAAUGAUAUGAUAAAAUUGGUUACAAAUGGACUGAACACCAUCUUGAGAAGGGAUAUGUCGCUAAAUCGACGGUUGUAUUCUUGGUUACUGGGCACGGAGACGAAGAAGAACCUCAUGAAUACCACACAAAGUCACGACUCACAGGCAGCUAGCAUAGACUACUUCACACAAUAUGCCAAAGAAAUUCUUAUAAAAGCCUUUAAAUCGACGCUAAAGUACAGUUUAAUAGCAAAUCCCGUGGACUUGAGACCAUACAAAAUUCUGAUAUCUCUUUUGGAUAAAGUUGAAAUUGGCCCUAUGAUUUUGGAUGAUGUAUUAUGUGAUGUUAUACGUACAAUGUAUCUCUCGAAAGGCAAUUCUGAAGUACAAAAGCAAGCAAAUUUGUUGUUUUCUACAUUCGAUGCGUGUUACGUGUGGGACUUUAUGACAAACCUCUAUGGCCGAACGUGUAUCGAUGCUACAGUAACAAAGCAAAAUUGCUCCGAACAUCUAAGUCGAGCAAGUAAACCAUUAACCAUUGAAGUAGACUCUGGUCCGCCUACACUGAAAGAGUUGAGCAAACUUACAGAAUUCUUGUUGGAGACAGUAUCGUUGGAAAUGUACAAUGAAACGACUCGCGUUUAUCUGCCGAGAGUAUUGUUGGCAAUAACGAAAAUGUUGACUUUAUAUGCAGAGAAUUUGACAGAUGAUGAGAUCGCGGCUUCGUUGUAUUUAAUGCAAAAAAUAGUGUCACGAGUUCAACCGAUGGUAACAAGUCCUCCAAAUAAAACUAUUGAAGUAAAUGGUGAUUCAUCGAAAGGAAAAUCGUCCUCUGAUGAAGCAGCACCUGUUGAAAAACCACUGGAAAAAAGUAAAUCUGACUCGAAAUUGAAUCAAACAUCACUAGAAGACGAAACUGCACUUAAAAAAUCGAGCUCAGGAUUCAACAUGGCAAGGCGAAGUCCAAAAAAGACCAAAAAAUCAAAAUCAUAUUCAAAGUUGAGUGAGCUGGAUAAGGAAGUUGUGUGCACAGAUACUGGUCAACUACAGGCUAACUCUUCAUCGACACCUAAUUUGGAUAAAACAAGUCCGAAUAAAGAUGUGGCGGAAACGGAAGCAGUUGUGAAUGAGGAGCCAGAUAAGCCACCAAUGUCACUGCCCGAGUACUCCAUCCUUGAAAAGUGCAUCAAACAAUAUGAAAUUUUCUAUCAAAUUUACGUAUCAAAUAAAAUUUUUACUGGCGAAAUUUCUGCAAGAGAACAAAAAUGUGGCGUUACAGUUCGAGUGUUCAAUGCUCAGCAAUCCAUUGAUAAAAGUAGAUUUACAAAUGAAGAUGUCGUGGACGACGAAAAUCCGUAUAGGACUGAGGUGAUAAAUGCUGCUUUCUCUACACUUGAAUUAAAUAUUCCGUGUCGAACGAGCAAGUUGAGAGACUUGCUCAACUCCUGCAUCAAAGAAGCUGGAACAGAUACUUUGCUGAGUGGCGAACAAAAACCUUCUCGCAAACGACACGUUCGAGGAAAAAGUGUCAGCGAAAAAAUAAAAAUCUUCAAUGCCUUAGAUCAUCAAAUGAUCAUCUCGCAUUUGAUUAAUAUGAAAAUGUCAGAACCAUUGAAGGAAGCAGUGAAGUUAGCCAGUUGUUUGCUUGUUGAUAUGUCACUAUUUCCUAACUACAAUCAAGAUUUAGUAUACGACUUCUCGGGGAUAGAGAUUGAGCCUCCCGUGUGGCUAAAAGUACUGACUGUAGUCGCAUGUUACUGCAGUUGUGAUAAGGAAACCCAAUUAUCUGUGAUUUCGACUUUGUUUGAAGUGAUAAGCCUGCUAAAACCACCACAAAAACAUUCCAAUACACCCGGAGUAACAUCAGUUAUAAUGCUCCCCUUAAUGGAAAUCGGACACUUGAACUAUUUAGAACAAAAAACACGGGCAUUCCAUAUACUUACCAACACCCUGUGGGAAUAUCUUGGAGAUAUACGGCUUGAUAAUGCACAAAUUUCAAAUCUCUUGUAUCAAAUUCACAAUUGUCUUCCGUCGGGCCUUGUUGAACAAGUCAUAGGAAAUCGUCUUGCGAACGCUCAUCUGCUCUGGUCCACCCCUAUGCUAGAAACUCUCAUGCAAAGCGGCAACUCAACUGGCAACGAAAAACUCUUAGAGUACAGUCAAAGCCGCUUACAAGAUGUGUUGAUGUGUAAACCCAUUAUUCCGUCAAACGUGCAGGAAUACGAUCGCCAAUUGUCUGAAAAGCAGGGAGACGGAUUCCGAAAAUUCGAGUUGUUGUGGCAACUGACACCAGCAAGUCAACAAGAACCAGAUGUCGGAUUCGAAAAAACUCUCAUGAAAAUGUUUGAUGCAUUAUCGCUAAAUGCCCCCAUCAGAUCAGUCGUAGUUAAGUGGCUGCAAGAUUCCUUUUUGCGAGGUGACAUCACGUCAUUGAUGAAGCCAUUGUUGAAAAUUUUGCUGUCGUUGCAAACCAAACGCGUGAGCUUAAUUCAUGCAGUCGCAAUGCGAAAAGGCGAGGGCAAUGGAGAAGUUUUUACGGUCUCUGAAAAGGAUGGCGGAGUAUUGGAUUGUAAAUCAAGCAGUGAAUAUGAGGUUCUGGGAGACAAAGACUUUUUUGCUGUGAGUGCCGUAGAUGAUAGUGCAUUGGGAGUCAAAUAUCGAACGGAAGCUAUUUCUGGCAAGAAAAAGUCCCCGCGAGCUUUUACAAAAAUAUUUGGAGUUCCUAUAAUUCCUAAAGGAAAUUUUGUAAAAAGCCCAGGUUUUGGAAGUGACAAAAAAUCACCUAUGACACCAAUUCCCACGACAUCUGCCUCGUCCAAUAGAUCUUCUUCCAAAGUACCAGAAGACGAUCCAAACAUGUCUUUAAUUGUUAAUCCUUUGGAAAAUUCGUCAGACUUUGAUUCUGUUGACGUGGAUGAAUAUGUGUCACUAAGUAGCAGUGCACCAACGCAAUCACCCGGAUAUUUGGAUCAAAGUACUGGCGAAAUGAGUCGCAAAAAUGUCAACCUGGAAUACUCUGUCUCGUCAUCAGACUCCGAAAUAUCCGAUACAGAGGGACCAGAACCGUACUCGUCACUUCCAACCUUCGCUAAUCAGACAAACAAUGGCACCGUCAAGAGAUAUUCCGGCCAUUGUGAAAAGGUGGACGAAAAGUUGAGAGUCUACGAUAAGAUUAAAAAUCGUAAAACGUACAAACUGAAAAAGGAUGACGUGAUAAAGGACGACGGUGAUGACAAAUCAUUAACCGAGAUGAGCAUUCGCAUCAGACAAGCUGAAACGGGGGCUGAAAGUUCAUCGAGAGAACCAUCGCUAACGUCGAGUAUUCGUGAUGAAGGGAUUGAAAGUUUGACCAAGGAAUCAGAUUUGAAGGCAAUUUCCGAUCCUGACUUCAAAGCAAGUGAACAGAAACGCUUGAGUUGUUCAUCGAAACAAUCAACAGACAGUAAUAACUCAUCGAGUGCAUAUAGCAGCUCAAAUCGCGUUGAAGGAAGAGCAUCGAGUGUUGAUCCAGUAAUUGAUCGUGGUAGUUUAUUACCAAAUGAAGAUAACAACGGAGAAGAUUCCCCAAAACUUAGUAGUUUAGACGAUGAACUACUAAACAUGACCCCAAAGACAAAGCUAUCAGCGUUGAAAAGUAAAACUCCAGAAUUAAGACGUAAGAAAGUGAUUAAUACAGACAUGAAUUGGGAGAAGACCAAGGAAAAAUUCGAAAAAAGUAAAUUAAACUUGGAAAUUCUGAGACAAAACAUACUGGAAGAGAACAUGAAACUAGAAAAGAUUGAUCCAUAUCACACUCAUAUCUUAUUAUAUUUCGGUAGUUAUGAUACGAAGCAGGUCUUUUAUGCGUUUAAUACUUUGCGAAAUAUUAUCAGCGUCGAUACAAGGAUGUUCCUAUGGAUGUCUUUAACUACUUCAAUUUCGACGCCUGUCCGGCAACUGUUGGAAAAGCAUCGUAAAUGCAUCGAUGGAAAAGAUAUAAACGACUCAACGAAAAAAUCUGCUAACGGAACACAGUAUUCGUAUCGUGGUUGCAUGUAUUUUGAGGCAUUUGUAACAAUAUGUCUGUAUUACUGCAGAUCAUAUUUCCAGAGAGAUGUUACAUCAAAUCAGACUGACGCUCGAUACAAGUAUAAAACAGAUGUGCCAACUGCCGAGGAGGUCAGUGAUAACUUCAAAGUCCAAAUCGCUAGUAUUGAGCUACUAACGUUACUUUUAAACGAAUUAAUCGUUGUCGUUAAAGAAAUGAGCAAAAGUUUGUCUAGUUACAUUGCUGAUCUGCUCAUCAAAUGCCGUAUACCAAAAGUAGUUUUACAUUCGGUAUUGUCUUCAGUCAACCUUUUGACGAAUAAUCGAGCAACAAAGAAUUUUCCAACGCAGUUCAUUAUGAAUGAUACUAAUGGUGACAUGUUAUAUGCUGAGUCAAUCCAAUUGCAAUUGUUAAAGUUAUUGACGUCCGUUAUAAAAUUGGAAUUCGAAGUUCGAUCGCAGAUAAAUGAAGACGCAUUCAAGGAAAUGAAUUCUGGGUCACCUACUCGAUUGCUUGUUAAUAUACCAACAAAUGCGAAAUAUCUACAGAAUUACACGAUUCCGCAACAGCCAAUGUUCAUGGCUGCUUUAAUAUCCGCCUUACAAUCCGACUAUCUGCGCGGCUUGCACAAAAAUUGGACGUCCUUGAUAACAACAUGUCUGAAUUGUUACACGGGAGGCAGUUUGACGAACAUUGUCAUCAAUGUUGUACAUCAACUUUGUAAUAAUAUCGACAAGCUUGUGCAAAAACCCAUACAAAUUCCUGUUGACUACGGGGCAAGUCAAAUGGAGGCUUUGACUACUUUGACGCAUUUUUGCCUUUUGGACAAUUCGCAACAAAUGUCACUAUCUCACGUCUUUAGCUCACAAUCUUCUUACACGCAAUCCAUUUCACUGGCGUCCGGACAGAUUUUGAAUAACCUGUUUAACGUUUUCAUUGCUUCUUCGUCGUCGUCCAUUUCGUACUUGAAUUCCGGACAAAACAAAGCUAAUAGUCAUCAAGUAGCUGCCAAAAACGCCGUGUUGAGUCAUCUGCCUCGCAUAAUUGGAAGCGCCGCAGGAUUAUGGGAACAUGAAAUCGGUCAAUCACGUCAAGUUAAACAACAGUUAUUCGAAUUCUUAAAUCCGAUUUGUUUGCAUCACGGAACGAAUUUUCUCACAGCGUUAGCUGUUGCCUGGUACGAACGAGCCGAGCAAAAUAAACGAGAAAGUGGCGCAGAGACACCAAAAGGAGAUCGUAGAGGCUCCGACGGGCUUCCUAUUGUCAUUCAAAAGUAUCUACCACAAGCAUGUGCGGAACAGUUGAUGCUCGUUAAGCUCGUGGCAGGAAUUAGAGCUAUGCAAAUUGAUUUGUUCAUUCGAACGUUGCACGACAUAAUCAAAUCCCCGCCAACAAUUUACAAUCCUCCCACGGGACUUAAUCUAGAAGUUAGUGGUUUGGAAAUGUUUUAUUUCUACAUGAGCGAUGCCUCAGCGACGCAACUUCCGGAUGCUUGGCCAGCUUUGUUGUCACUUUUGCGUGAUGGUAUAAAUUCGCAGCCGCCCGUUCUUUUUACUUUGCUAUCAAUUCUCAAUGUGUACGUACAACGAUGUCCUCAAAUGCCAUUCAAUGAUCGCAAAGAUCUCCGAGACUUGCAUGACAUUACGUCAAAACUCGUUGAUGCCAUUUCAAUUAUUGCCGGAGCUUGUUUGGAGCAAACUACGUGGUUACGACGCAAUUUGGCAGUGAAGGAGGAGGCAACAGACUCUAACACAAAUAAGGAAGGCGUUCAAGGCACCGUCAAUCAGCAGUACUCAGUGCAAGCACAAUCAAUUUUGGCAUGCCAAUUGGCACAGUUACUUGACGUGGCUUACGGAUCACAAGAAAAGGAUAAAGUAGUAACGCUGAUCACUACACUGAUGUACAAUAUAGUGCCGUAUUUGAAAAAUCACACUACACGGAACAUACCUUCUUUUUAUGCUUGCUCUAAUUUACUUGCCAAUUUGAGUAGUUAUCAGAACACCCGAAAAGCGUGGCGAAAAGAUGUUCUAGAUUUACUAACCGAUUCUGCCUUUUUUCAAAUGGACGGUAGUUGUCUUCCAUUCUGGAAAACGAUUCUCGAUAAUCUCAUGACUUACGAUAAUAUGACGGCGUUUAGAGAUUUAAUGAAUCGCGUUUCACUCAAUCAAACUGGAGGCUUGAGCAUAUUCUCUUCAAAAGAACAAGAAUAUGAACAGCGUGCAAUGCUUCUAAAACGUCUGGCCUUUGUAAUUUUCUGUAGUGAAUUCGAUCAAUAUCAUAAAUACAUGCCGGAAAUACAAGAACAACUUGCAAAUAGUUUACGACUGCCUCAAAUGGUGCCCUCCGUUCAAGCUGCUGUCUUUUUAUGUUUUCGCGUCCUACUGUUGCGACUUUCACCGGAUCAUGUGACAUCACUUUGGCCAAUAAUCAUCGCCGAAAUGGUUCAAGUAUUCCUAGCUAUUGAGCAAGAACUUAUGACGGACACUGAGGAAUUCAAUCAACACAUCCGCAUGUUGUCCGCACUCGACACUCAAUGGGUAACAAAUUCGAAUAAUGGUCUUCAGUCCCAUGGACAUCCUCAUUGGCGAAUGGUUCAGUUAGAAACUGCCAAACUGCUUGAGUUGGGCUGUGUUUUACCUGCCGUCAAUCUGCCUCAUUUCCAAAUGUAUCGCUGGGCUUUUGUUCGAAGCCAAUAUGAUUGGGGUAAUGGAAAUGGAAUGAUAAAUGGCGAUUCACAUCACAUGCAAACUAACAGUACGCAACAAGUUUUCAUUCCUCAUGUCACGCGUAUUGCGCAAUUGAUGGACUUGCGAUAUGUUAGUCAUUCGCCGAUACAAACGCAACAAAAGGGACAUCACUUGGUUUUAACCUGUCAAAGCAUCAGUAACCUUCAGGAAUUAUACGGAUUCUUUUCAACAUUAAGCGUUAGAUGGCCUACUCAUAAUGUUCUCGGAGACACGGAAAAGGAAGUCAAAGUGAUUCUUGAUGAAGUAGAGCACAUACUUGCGAACGAUUUUUUGGAAAGUUUGCCAGGCUCGACCACCUCCGUUAAUAAAUAAUUAUUAUUUGUGAUGUAAAACUAUAUUUGUUACAAAUUACCUUUAUGCUCCUUUUAAUGUUUGACUGAAAUAUUAUUUUAUUUAAAACUUUUUCGUUUCCCUUUGUAUUUCAUGAGCUUUAAUCAUAAAACAAAAGGAGCAGAAAGGUUCUUUUUUUAGUCAACCCAGAAAAACGUAGAUACAUUAACAAUAACAAAGAGAAAGAUAAUAUAUUCUACUUAUAAUAAAGUUUCGAAAGUUGUAUUAUCU